AUGUUACGCCGCUCCAUUGUUUGGAAACAGAUGCAGAAUAAGGGGCCAGCACGGCCCGGCCCCAUGCUGUACGGCUGGGGACGUACCGAGCAGAAACGUCGUCUUGAGUAUGAAACAGUGGAGAGCAAGUACCACAAGCGUGAAUUCAACAAGAACUGGGAUCUUGCCGGUGUGGAGCAGCGUUACACGGACUUCAUGGUGGUGCGUACCUACUUCUCUCUUGGGACACGCUGGGGAACAUGGGUUUACAACAUGCUUCAAUUCUACGUUCUUGCGAUGCUUCCCGUUUUUAUAUUUAUGCACACAUUUCACAAGAAUGUGGAGUGGUACGACGAGCGUAUUCGUCUUGCCGCUUGGUGGUAG